GGCUUGUUUUCGGCUUCGUUGCGUGGUUUAGUUAUUUAUUUUUUAUUUAUUUUGUGCCAAUUGACGCCGGUUUUUUGGUUUUUUUUUUUUUUCGGGAGCGAUUCCCGGGGCUGCUCCCGUGCUGAGCGUGCUGGCGGCGCAUGUGGCCUGAGCUAUCCCUGGGCUAUCCCUGGGCUAUCCCUGAGCUAUCCCUGGGCUAUCCUUGGGCUAUCCCUGGGCUAUCCCUGGGCUAUCCCUGAGCUAUCCCUGAGCUAUCCCUGAGCUAUCCCUGCGCUAUCCCUGAGCUAUCCCAGGUGGAAAGCAGCAGGAUUUCCACCCAAACCACCAGCGUGGCUCUGCCCAUGGCUGCCUGCACAGAGCCUCGAGGCCUUGCAAACUCCUGUCCCCUCCCCCAAGAGCCUUCCUGGCUGUGCCACCCCGCUCCUUUUCCCCGUUCCUGCCCUUGCCACGAGGUUUUUCCACUGCUGGGAAGGAGGCGAAGGGGUUCCCCCAUUCCCAGCUGGGAUGUUCAGGUGUCACCGGCGCCGUCUUUGUCCCCACCCAGCUCUUCACCGAUGGCAUCACCAACAAGCUGGUGGCCUGCUACAGGGACGAGGGCAUGGCGGACGCGGUGCUGGUGCGUGUGUACGGCAGGAAGACGGAGCUGCUGGUGGACAGGGAGACGGAGCUGAGGAAUUUCCAGGUGCUGCGCGCCCACGGCUGCGCCCCCGACCUCUACUGCGCCUUUCAGAACGGGCUCUGCUACCAGUUCCUGCCAGGAAUCGCGCUGGGGCCUGACCACGUGCGGGACCCCCACAUCUUCAGGCUGGUGGCCCGGGAGAUGGCCCGAGUCCACGCCAUCCACGCCAACGGGAGCCUCCCCAGGCCCAUCCUGUGGCAGAAGCUGCACAAAUACCUCACCCUGGUGAAGACGGAGCUCAGCCCAAAGGUAUCCGACCCCAGCCUCCCGCAGGACGUGCCCAGCCUGGAGGCGCUGGAGCAGGAGCUGGCCUGGAUGAAGGAGACGCUGUCGCAGCUGGGGUCCCCCGUGGUGCUGUGCCACAACGACCUCCUGUGCAAGAACAUCAUCUACGACAGGACACGAGAGCACGUUCGCUUCAUCGACUACGAGUACACGGGGUACAACUACCAGGCCUUCGACAUUGGGAACCACUUCAAUGAGUUUGCAGGCGUGAAGGAGGUGGAUUACGGCCUCUACCCCAGCAAGGAGACGCAGCUGCAGUGGCUGCGCUCCUACCUGCAGGCCUACAAGGAGCUCACCCGGGGGCACCCAGGGGACACCCAGGUGUCCGAGGAGGAGCUGGAAACUCUCUACGUGCAAGUGAACAAGUUUUCCUUGGCCUCCCAUUUCCUCUGGGCAUGCUGGGGCCUGAUCCAGGACAAAUACUCCACCAUAGACUUUAAUUUCUUACGAUAUGCAAAGUUAAGGUUUAAAGAGUACUUCAAGAUGAAGCCGGUGGUCACAGCCCUGCAGGUCCCCAAAUAGGCACCACCCCGAGCUCUUCUGUCCCGGCCGUGUCCUCGCGUCCCCCUCGCCCCUUGCCCAGCCCUGCUGGGGUCAAGGGCCGGUCCUGCCGCUGCCAAGGGGGAGGAGAGGAGCUCUGCCCCAGCCGGCGCCGCUUCCAGGAGACCCUGGACACCCCCCAAGACUGGACCAUGAGAUGCUGGAGAGGACCACAGCCCCGGCGAGGCCCCAGCCCACGCGAGGAAGCCUCACCAUCGCCUUAAGGCUGAGCCCCGCUCGGCCCCGGUGCCCGGCAGGGCCGUGCCCUGCUGGCACUGCUGCUGCUGCUGCUCGGCCUGGCACCCGUCCUGCCCCCCCUGCGCUGUCCCCGAGGAGGGACACGGGGUCACCCCAUCCGCUCAGGAGCCCCCAGAGCUGCCCGGUCAUUUUGGCUGCCCCCCUUCGCUGCACCCUCUGUCCCCUCCUGCCCUGCUGGUGGCACUGAGGUGCCACCCCCAAACCAGCACCUUUCCUGGGUCCCUGCUGACCCCAGGCACGGGAGGGGUGGGAGGGGUGGGAGCUGCGGGGGAAAGGGGCAGGGCCAGCCGUGAGCCACGAGGAUUUGGGACCAGUGGGGUGCUGCUGGUGGGCACUGGGUGCCUGUCCCCUGUGCUGUGCCCAGCCCGGGGCUGGCCCUGCCUGUCCCCACUGCCCCCCUCAGCUUGCUGGCUUCCCCCCACCCCCCGUGCUGCUGGAGCAGGAGGUUCCCAGCUCUGCCUUCGCCCUCACCUCUGGGACCAAGGGUGUCCGGGGAGUCCAGGGGGGUCAGUCCUGCCCGUCCCCAACCCUGUGCACCUUCCUUGGCCACGUCCCCACCCCCGGGAGGAGGUGGCACGGAGCUGCUCCAGGACUGGGCACAGCUUCACCCCCCACCCUGCCCUGCUGAGCCCUGUCCAGCUCAUCGCAGUGGUUGUGCAGCAGCCGGGGGUGCAAUCAGCGCCCUGUGCCCCUGCCUUGGCCGUGGGGACAAGGUGACUGUCCCCCCCUGCGGGCACAGGGACGUCCCCCAGCCGGAGCCAGGGCUGCUGGUGCGUCCGUGUUCGUUUUGGUGCGAAAUAAAAGCUGCUGGUAGCUGGAAUUUGGGGGUGGUGGGUCUGGUGGGGGACUUGUGCUGGAGCAGGGGCAGCACCCUCGGAGUCUGGGGGUGCUCCUGUCCCCUCUGGAUCUGGAGAUGUCCCCAUCCAACCCUUGCCCCCCAAUCUGGUGAAGCCCAGGCCCCUCUCUCUGCUCCAAAAAGUCACUUUUAUUGUGCCAAGGGACAGGGGGAGGGAGGGUUGUAAACAGGGAUGUGAAAUAUACAGGUUAAGUUACUCGUCGUCUUAUUAACAAAAUAAAGCUCUAUCUAUAUUUA